CAAGGCGAAAAUGGCGUGGGCAGUGUCAGCUGCGGUGCUUCUUGCAUCAUCCUUUCUGACGCACUCGGAGGCCUUCUUCUCCCCGGGGUCUACCGUUCGUGUCGUUGGACGUGAGGCGUUAUCGCACACGCCAGCAAAAUGCAGCAGCGCUGGCAGGACGAGAGCCGGAGCUAAGCUGGGUGCCACUGCCUCGCGAUCCUCGAUGUCGGCAGCAGCGGGAGGGGAGAUUUUGGAGGGAGAUACGGUGGUCGUCGUGGGUGCUUCCGGGGGUAUCGGGCGUUUGGUCACUCAAAGCCUAGCAUCCACCGGCAAGUACAAGGUGAAGGGGCUCGUGCGGAACCUCGAGAAGGCCAAGGAAGCUUUGCUAUCGUCGGCCGGGGGAGGCCUUGAGAUUGAGCUGGAGCAGGGAGACAUCUUGGACGAAAGCAGCCUCGUCGCCGCAAUGAAGGGGGCCGCGUGUGUGGUGGCGUGCACCGGGACGACCGCUUUCCCUUCCAAGCGGUGGAAGGGGGGCAACACUCCCGACGCCGUCGACAACCUGGCCGUGGGGAACAUGCUGCGGGCGGCGGCAGGCGGCGGGAGCUUGAAGCGGUUCGUGCUGCUUUCGUCGGUGGGGGUGACGAGAGCGGACAAGUUCCCGUUCGUGAUUCUAAAUGCCUUCGGGGUCCUAGACGCGAAGGCGAAAGGGGAGGCGGCCGUGAGAAAAGCUGCCAAAGAGGGGGGCUUCGGCUACUCCAUCGUACGCCCCGGGCAGAUCAAGGGGGACCCCUUCUUGGCCUACUCCAACAGCGGGGCCGCCCUGUCCCCCGACGCCCCGGAGAAGGGGUCCGCGAAGCGAAUGGUAUCGUUGCGGCAGGGCGACUCGGAGGCUGGGGACGUCAACCCCAGCUCGGUGGCGGAGGUGUUCACGCAGACCGUGGGCCAGACCGGCGCAAUAGGGAAGAGCUUCACCGUCAUCAACUCGCUCGGAAAUGUCCCGAGCCAAGGGACGUGGGACGAACUCUUCGCCAAGCUCUGAUUGGACAGGUUGGUUCCGAGGCGGGGCACCGAGCGCUUCGGGUCGGUCACUAUCUGCACAGCAGUGAGUGGCGGUCACCGCCUCCUCUCCAGCAGCGGGAAGGAGGGAUGCUUAAGCCGGACAAACCUAGACGGCGUUCAGAUCGAAUCAUGUGUGUGACCAAUCCCGGGUGGUUGCAUCCCAACAGAGCAGGAGGGAUCGCACAGUAGCCAGUUGCUGCUGCGAGCGACAACGGUAUGAUGGCGAGGACGGUGGCGUGAGAACAAAUCAUCGACCAGUACACCUUGGCAAAAGGCGGUUGGACGGUGUCUGUGGCAAGCUCUCUGAACGCAUGCGAUGUUUUGUUAGCUCGUGCUGCUGCAUGUCUGUCGUUCGUGACACCCACGGCCGGACUCUUAUUAAUCGAUAAGUUGUCGGGUGGGAGCACGACUGGCUGCUUUGCGGGAUGGUCCCUAUUAGUCUGUUCGUCCAAUGGUGAGAUCGACUGGAGGGGUCGGGGGGAAUUAUUGGUUGGUUUGCGAGCUGGACUCGCACUGUGCCCAAUUCUGAUUGCUGCGGUUCUUGCUCAGACAACCUUUUUCCCAAAUGAAACCGUAAGCAAGUGUGCUUGAGGCUGUGUGAGCAGCGUGGGCGGCUUGCUGAUGGUGUAUUCCCGACUAGCUUCCGGGUGCUGCGUUCUGGAAGCGUGUACGACAACUUACGCUUGGUCGUCGAACUCUGGCCUGCCAAAGGGAUUUUACCGCCGGAAUUCCGAUUGGUAAACGGUUUUGGGCGGUGUCCGCGUGAGCCUGACGUGAAGUGUUUGACUUCGAACAUUUAAGAACUCUGGUAUCUUUUGGGAAGGAUACUGUCCGUUCAUUUUGAAGCAAUUUAGAAGAGGUCGUAUGUUGUUGCAUGAUGCCGAUCGAGAAGCGGUAGACUACCAAACGGUGGCGAAACAUACCUACUCAAUCGCGGGCAACUUCUACAAUCAGGUGUUUCGGGCGGAUGUAACAGGCGCAGAUGAAAAUGUAACG